UUUGAAAGCAUCAGCAACCGUAGUGGGCCACAUAUCAGUAGCCACACCACCAUCAUUAACCAGUCGCCACCAGCUGUUACCAAGGUUUCCCCCUACAGUGGCAGAGAUAGAGUGCAACAACAGAGAAGCCAGUCGGAGCAGAUAUUUCUUUGCGACGGAGGUAACGCAGAAGACCCCCACAUAAAACAGCACCUGCAAGCACACACAGACAAAAGCAAUGGUGGAAUACUACCAGAUAUUAGGAGUUCAGAAAAGUGCAACACAAGAGGACAUCAAAAAAGCUUACAGAAAAUUGGCAUUAAAAUGGCAUCCAGACAAAAACCCAGACAAUAAGGAGGAGGCAGAGAAAAAGUUCAAAGAGCUGUCAGAGGCCUAUGAAGUGCUUUCAGACGAGAACAAAAGGAAUAUUUAUGACCGAUACGGCAAAGAAGGCCUCUCAGGAGGAGGAGGAGGAGGCGGAGGACACUAUGAUCACUUUGGUGGCAGCAGCUUCACAUUCCGUAAUCCUGAAGACGUUUUCAGGGAAUUCUUUGGUGGCAGAGAUCCAUUUGCAGAUCUUUUUGCUGAUGAUCCCUUCGAUGAUUUUUUUGGAGGUGGUCAUGGUCAUCUAAGAGGUGCAAGCCGGAGCAGGAUUGGUGGGUCCCUCUUUGGUUUUGGUGGCUUUCCAGGGUUUGGGCCAAGUUUCUCAGGGUUUGAUUCAGGUUUCAGCUCAUUUGGAGACAUGGGUGGAGGAGGAUUCACCUCCUUCUCUUCUUCUUCCUUUGGCGGCGGCGGUGGUGGAGGAGGGAUGGGUAACUUCAAAUCCAUGUCAACCUCCACCAAGAUUGUCAACGGCAAAAAAAUUACAACAAAACGGAUUGUUGAGAAUGGCCAGGAGCGGGUAGAAGUGGUGGAGGAUGGUCAGUUAAAAUCUCUUACAGUUAAUGACAUCGCAGCCCAAGACCCCUUGGAGGAGGAGUUUCGACGCUGCAGACAGAACGCUCUCCCUGGCUUCGGCCUACACCAGCGCUACCUGAGGAACUCCAACCAAAACCCCUCAGAGGAAGAGGAGGAGCACGGGCCUCAGAGCCUGGGACUAACGAGAGGACACAUGGACUUCAAGAGGAAGAAAAUGUGGCUGAAGGAGGCAGAGUCCAAAAAGAAACGAGCUGCUCGACUCUUCCCUCGGUUCAGUGGACUUGGUGCCUUUUUUUAAAUACUUCACGUACACCUACAUGCUGAAUUUUCUUUAGUUUUUUUGGCAGAGGUGCCAUUUGUUAUGUGUCAGAGUGUGUCAGAGACAGCCUCACUGCUGCACCAUGUCUUCUGUUGUCUAUCAAAACCAUUAUAUUAGCUUUUUGCUCAGCCAAACAAAAGUGACCUCACUUUGACGCAGAGCCACUUUGGUGCCUUAUGCGAGAUUAUAAUUAGGGGUGUCCACCCCUACUUGGCCAAUUUAUUGUCAUAUUGUCAUGUCAAAAUUAUACAAACAGACAAGAACAUUCUAGAUAAAUAGACCAGGGUGAGCUGCAUGUGUUUGAUGUGAAUAAUGUUGUGACUAUGAUUGGAUUAUGUCCAAAAUUGGUUGGGAUUUGGCCAUACUGACAUUAGAAACAUAACUGCUGCCAUCACCUGCUUCCAAUUGGUGUUCACCUGUUGCUGCUGCUGUUAAUUGUUGGCUGACUUGUAGGUGGAUUUAAACAGAACAUCCAGACUGUUACACUUCUGCAUCCAGUCUGUUGUGUCAUUCUACUUCAUAUAAAGUGGGCAUUGUUUAAAGGCGAAAUAAGUACCAUUGACAUCUAGUGCUUCAAAUCAGAACUGCAGUCGAAAGAGAAAAACACAGAGAGCCCACCCCCACAUUUAAACUACCUUUGCACCAUUGCACCAGCCAACAUCAUGACGAGCGAAGAUGAUUCACACACAGUAAGUUGUUAUGCUUUGCAAUGCUAAUUUCACAUGCUAAUUUACGUUAGCAUAAAAUAGAGUGUAAACAAAAGCUACAUUAAUCAACAAAUGCCACACAGCGGCUGUUUUCCCUGCACGCUGCUGCUCUUUUGCUGACAUAAAAUACCAAAGGCUGCGUUGUUGUUUGGCAAAUGGUUGUUUGAUUGGUUAAGGAACCAGGAAAUAGGAAAAAGCUACACAGUGCACCGAAGUUAUUCCGUCACUUAACUCUUACUCUGAAAGGAGAAAAACUUGACAAAGACAUUGUUAAUGUAGAGAGACAGAUUGCUUAUAGGGAAGCUUCCUGUUAUCCCUCGCAACAAAUGAGAACAUUUUAAAUUAUUUUUACAUAAAAUAAUCCUAAUUUUUUAGCCUUUAAACAAACCUUAUUUUAACUAUGAUCUGUAUUUAUUCUAACUGCUAGACAAGUUUAACUGUAACAUUCAGUAAUAUUUUAAUAAUACAAUUAAUAACUAAUAAUAAUAAUGACUACAUACAUAGCAGUGACAUCAGAGAGAUCAGAGACAGAGAAAUAAAUAGCUAAACUUCCAUUUUUUAGCAGGUGGUAACGAUAUAAAUGAAGGUUCCUCUGCGGCAGCUCCUAGAGGGAUCUGAAAUACUUUCUCUGUGAAUGUGAACAGGUGUAGAGCAGAUUUACCUGUUAAAGUUCUGCACAAGCAACAAUGCAGCAGACAGAUUUGAUGUGUUAAACAACAUACAACUGUGAUUCUGUAUCACUGAAACAUGAGAUUGAACCACAGUUAUAUAGUCCCACAGCAGUUACAGUUGCAUCAUGAGGAAACUACUUUAUUUCAGCUUAGCUAGUAAUGUGAGUAAUGCCUCUACAUUGAAGCCUCUUUUCUUCACUUUCUAGCAGUGUCUACUCAGCAUUUGGAAGAGUUGUUGACGUUUGUCAAUAAUAUUAAUAGCUACGUGACAUGCACUCCUGAUAACGCGUCCCCUCUGUCUCUCCUACAAUGCACAGUGUAGGACAGGCUCCAUGCAGGUCAAACAAUGAGAAACAAUAGGGAGGUAUGUGGGGUCAUAUGCAUUAGUUAGUCUUUUAUUUUCAAGACAAAGCAUGAGGAAAAAGCACCACUUGGGGCUCUAAGUCAUCUAUUUAUUUUAAUUAAAUUUUUUUGACAACUCACAGUGCCCACCCCUGCAGCGAGAGGCACGCUGAACGGCUGCCUAUGGCCUAUGCCAAGGUCCAGCUCUGCUUUGACUCUUAGUUUUGUACAAGUGGUUCAUGUGUUGCUAUAUUUAUUGUGGGUGGGCUUUUUGGAUGUAGAGUGACCAUUCAGAGCUUAAAUGAAUCUUUUAAGAUUGGACUUCUCGUUUUAACAGCAUGUUUUGUGAGUAUUCACAGAGUUCAGGUAUAAGGAUUACAAGGGCAGCCUUGUUUGAUAUAAGCAGGAAAAUUACUGCAGUAAUGCAUGUAAGGGGAAGUGAAGGUCAAGCUAUUUGGUGGAUUCUUCCUUCAUAAAAGACAAAGAGGGAGAGGAAAAACUGGAAACUGGGAGAGUAAAAGAAUUUGAAAGCAUUAGAGAGUAUUACAAAAAGAUUAAAAUGUUCUGUUCCUUCUUAUAUGAACCCUCAAUAACAAGGAAAAGUCCCUAUUACCGCCUAAACUCUGUUUUAUAGGGAUUAUUUUUAUGAAGUGAAUUUCAGCAACAGCUUCUUGUGACAUUUUGGCAAAGAUUUAGAAACAAGUGUUUCAUCUGAUCAGUCCUUGAAAGCUCCUUUUCAUGAUAACUGAUUGUAAAUGUGGAAAUGUCAGAGAAAAGUUUGUUUUCUAUGGACUCCAUCAUUAAAUGCUUCAAGGAUACAUUUUCUCUAUGGCAGUCAACUUUUUGUUAUACAGUAUCACACUUUAUAAUUUUGAGCUUUCAGUAACGUGCAGCUGCUUCAUCAUUGUCGCUAAUAAUCAGACAGCAAAUCUUUUUGUUAUUGGGACUGUUCAAAAGACUUAUCUGUGCACAAUCGUGCCUUCAUAUGGACCAGUAGGUCUGUUUUGUCUGCAGGGUCAUACUAUUAAUAGUCUUGGGGUGCUGUAAUCUAACAGCAUUAUGAAGUUUAACCCAAACCAAAAUGUUUUCCUAUCCUACAUUCAUUAGUUUUGAGAUGUAACCAUAAUCUAGUAGUUUUGGCUGUUUUAUCUAUUAGUUAAGAGUGAGUGAACUGAAAGAAAAGGGUGAGUAAAAGUGAAGAAACAUGUGUGUCAGGGUCUUGAACUGAAGUUCCAUGACUAAAAGAACUGCUUUCACUCUCUUUAUGUAAAAAAGUUUUUUUUUUUUUUUUUUUUUUAAAAUAAACACUUUAUAAACAUG